UGACGGAGAGAGCGGGCAGGCGGCCAUGGCGGACUCGGACGGCUGGGACGACGAUUUCCAGACGCAGGGGCCGGUGAACAAGCCGGUGAUUGUGGACAGAUGGGAGGGCGAGGAUGAGGACGAGGAUGUGAAGGACAACUGGGAUGACGAUGAAGAGGAAAAGAAAACCCCAUUGAAACCAGUGGAAGUCAAGCCAGAAAAGAAGAAAUUAAGUGAUCGGAUUAAAGAAAGGGAGGAAAAAGAAAGGCAGUUGAAGAAGCAAAAACAGGAGUUAAAAAGCUUGGAGAAAGCAGCCGCACCAGUAGAACUUUCACCAGAGGAACAGCUCGCAGAAAAACUUCGACUAGCAAAGCUACAAGAACAGGCAGACCUGGAGGUAGCAAAGGACACAUUUGGUAUCAAUAAUGUAUCACAGCUUGGAAUCGACUCCAUGUACCCAACCACUAAAGAAGACUUCACAGAAUUUGGAAAGCUUUUGAAAGAAAAAAUUACGCAGUUUGAAAAGUCUGUGCAUUACGUAGACUUCUUAGAGACCUUACUUCGAGAUAUUAGCAUUUCAUUGGAAGUUGACGAUUUGAAAAAGCUGAACAACUCUUUGACAUCACUGUGUAGUGAAAAGAUGAAACAAGAGAAGCAAAGCAAAAACAAAAAGAAGAAAAAGGCCCCCGUGCUUGCAGGUGGAUUUAAAGCAAAUUUGAAAGAUGAUCUUGAUGACUAUGGUUACACGCAGGAUUAUGAUGACUUCAUGUGAUUGUGUCCUGUGACCCAGGCUUCUUCCAGCAUGUUUUUUGCAGACAACCUCCUGGUUUCUUCUUGAGCUGCACAGAACCUUCUAUUGUUAUGGAAUCGACUAGGACUACAGAUGCCAAUGAUAACACCAAAUUUUGUUACUGGUACCAUAAUUAUACAUUAUUGCUGGUCAGUGACACUGUGUGGACAAAGCAGCUGCAUGGAUUUGGGAGGGGGUGUGGGAUGCAGGCUGAGUUCACGAGCAAGCAAUAUAUAUUUGAAAAAAUAUGAAGUUUUGCAGUGUCCAUGCUCAGCAUCUAGAUUCUGACCUGAGCUGAUGUAAUAUCACGUUUAUUGUGAUACAGUAAAAUUGCAAAGUAAGAUUACUAUUUUUAAAAUUUCUUGAAUAUUGCCUGCUUUUUCCUUUCUUUGGAAACUAAAAUGGACUAAAUCGACAUUCUGAUUUUGUGCUGAUGUUAUGCUUUUGGUUGCUGGGUCAGUCUGCCUUAAACAAAAUCUCAAUAUUCACAUGGUCUCUGAAUUGGGAGCAUUGGGUGCUGGGCAUGUGACUUUCCUGUGUCAUUGUUCAUGUGACCACACCAGGGGUGAGCCUGAAUGCUCAUUCAUUUUAUUAUUUUCCUUCUCCCAACUUAAAACCAAUCUCCAAGUGCAGUUAACCAAUUUUAACAGUUUAUUAAAAGUGCCAUGGUUUACGCCUACUGAGGGAAAGGAUAGGCAGAAUUUAAGAGACUAGUUAUUUAGAGUAGGAGGUCCCUGCAUGUCACUGUUUUGAAUGGUGAACUGCAGGUUGAGCUUAAGGAUUUCACGAUCAGUAGCCAUUGUAGAUGUUUGGUCCAGCCUCCAGUGUACACAGUACUGCUAUGGCUCAGAUGCUGGAUAGAUCAUUGAAUCUAUAUUCAAGAGUAAUCUUUUUGCUGAGAUCCUGAUCGAGUCCCACCUACUCUUGGGUGAUAGAAUGACAUUUUCCUUUUAUUGUAACAGUACAGAGUUUCUCCAUAUUUGACCUUGAGCCAACAUCACAAACACACGUGUGUGUGUGUGUUGGGGUUUGCUGUGUAGAAAUUGACUGCUGUGUUUCCUCUUCGGUAUGUCAGAAAUGCUUUGAGCUAUAAAAGGCACUUUGCCGUAAUUCGAGGCUGUGAGAAACUCUAUAAGGCAAAUCUUUUUAAGGGUGAAUGAUCUCUAGAGAGGACCUACUCUCGGCUUCGACUUCCACGCCCACUCAUGCAUGUGAACGGUUGGUGUGGAUAGAAUCCAAUCGAAUUGGCUGACACCAGUCUCCACCCUCUGCCCCCACUUUGUUGUCUUUGCUGAAGAAGGGUGACUACCUGAGGGACAGCUGUUUCUGUUUAUUAACAGAAUCACAUGCUUGGGUUUUCUAAUGGACAAAUACAGCCCAUUUAAUGGUCACAUCAGCAGUUUGACAUUAAACUAAAUGGCCCUUUUUUUGUUGAAAGUAUUGGAUGGGAAAGAUGAAUGCUCCUUGAAGUGUUUUUGAAUCAAUGUGUUGCUAAUGGGGGUGAGAGCAACCAAUUAAUUUCUCCCUCCUGAAGGCAGUGACUUGCACUAAUGGAACUGAAGUGCAGAAUCUUUUUAAAAAUCUGCUGGAGUGGAAGAAAGGAAUUUGUGGCCUUUUUAUUUUCACUUAUACCACUUUUUUGAUUGGGUUGGGAGUUUAGUUUAAAAACAUUUCCUGAACACAGAUAAAGAUGUGCUUUUUACUUCAGGACAAUCCUUUGUAAAUGGUUAAGUGCACAUAAAUCGGCAUCAGUACAGUAAAUGCUGCACUUUACACAGAUUCUACAUUGAUCAUGAGGUUUGGUUGCAACCCAGUGUAAUUGCUUGGAAAUAUGCAUUAUUUUUGCCAUCCUGUUGCAUUGUGUAGUGGCACUCUGCAGUCUUGAGCAUACACAGGUAAUGGGAAUAGUUCUUGUAUUAAAUAUAUAUCUCCUCCCCUUUCCCAGUAAAUUCAUAUUUAUUAUACAAAACAAUUUCUCACGUCUGCAAAAAGGACAAUUUAUAUAAUAGAUGAGUAACUUAUUUUUACAUCUCAUCUAUUGAUUAGUUGGGAAAGCUUAUUAAUGUAAACAUAAUUGGACACUUGCCAUGUUUUAGGACAAUAAAUGAAUAUAAUGUAAUUAA